AUGACAACAUUUGUACCAUCAGUAAAAGAGGAGAGACAUGAUGAAGCGGAAAUAAGGGAGCUGGCCAGAAAAAUGGUCGAAGCUCAUAAACUGCAAGCGGCAAAACAGACACAGCAAGUUACUAAUCAAUCACAAUCAUCGUUUUUGGGAUCAACGUUAACACAACAGAAUUCAAUACUUAAUUAUCUUCAGCGGAAACCAGCAGUAACGUCAUCAUCACAACAAAUGGCACAACAGACAGGUGCAAAUAAUUCAACAAACUCGACGACGACGACCACUAUGAAUGGAUCGUCAAAUCAUCACAAUCAUCAUACGAUUGUGGAGGAGGCAAAGCCGGCUGAUGAUGAGAGUCUUAAAGGACAUUUUGGUUGGGAAUCAUUCAACGGCGGGAAAAUUCACAUUCCUUAUAUUAUUCGACAAACUGAAAAAUAUUGCGCUGUGCGCAUAGUUGAACAAAAAUUACUUAAUAAAUAUCUUAAUGUGCUUCAUCAGGAUUUAUAUAAUUGUACUAGUAUCAGAAGUUAUUAUAUAACGGAUGUCGAGGCACGACUCUUAGAUGAAAUUAAUUUUCGACAUUGCGAUCAGUAUUUUGGUAAGGAGAAAUUUAGCAUGAAAGAUCUUAUUGUGCGACUGAGUGAUGCUCAAAAGUUUCAACAAUUUCUUGACGUAUGCUAUAAGAAACUUACUAAUUAUUCGACGCCAAAUGAUAAAUGUGGAUUUAUUCGUAUCAAUAGUGAAUCUGUAGUUCCUUAUACAGUUAGAGAUGGCCAAAAAAUGGUGCCACUCUUUUAUUUCGAAGGUGAAACAGAGAAUUUAAAAUUAAAGGCUGACUCAUUAAGUGGAUGGGAUUUAUCAUAUCUUAAGUUUUGUUGUAAAGUUCAAGGCAUUAGAAAUGAGUUGUUUGCUAGUGAUACGGUACCUGUAAUUAGUUUGGACGACAUUAAAGGAUACUUUCCACAAGGAACAAUCUUUGAGGAUUACUGGCCAAAUAAAGUUGUCGAUACGCAGCUCCUAAUGCCACAGAAAUCUCAUAAUAGUACUGUAAAUUGGACACAUCCACCACCAAAACAAAUUAUGAAUACUGCAACUCAGCAAAGGACAACUCAGCAACAAUUACAAGCCCAAAAGCAACAGCAGCAGCAACAAACACAAGCACAAACUCAACAGCAGCAGCAGCAACAGCAACAACAACAACAGACUCAACAGCAACAAAGAUCAAUGAAUAGUUUACAACAUAUGUAUCAGCAGAAUAUGGAUAUGAGCUACUUGAGAUCAAUGCAAGCGGGGAUGACGCCGAACCAACAGGCGAGUUUGGCUGCUCUCGCUUUAAGCAAUGGAUGGAGUAAUCAACUAACUCAAUCACAAUUAGAUCAAAUGUUCAGACUCACAUCAUCUGCACAAACUAAACAGGCAUCAUCUACCAGAUCGACGUACUCAAGACAGCAGCAACAACAGAUGCAAAGUUUAUUACAAAGUGGAAUGUAUCCUUACUCAGGUAGUGGAAUGUCAUUGAACAGCAAUGGACAUUCACGAAGUAGCAGUACUCAACAACCACCUCCACUUGUUCGAUCAGCACAGCAACAAAAUCAAAUGUCAAAUGGUUCAACGGCCCAAUUGCAAUUACGCUCCACAAAUAAUCCAUCAUCCGCAAACACACAAUCCAAUACCUCCUCCUCUUCCACAUCCUAUCCUUAUCCUGCCAGCAAUAGUAGUCUUAGUAGUAACAAAUAUGAAAAUAGUAAUAAUAAUGUUGUGACAAUAACUCGAUGCCCAUCCAACGCGACAAGUAAUAAUAAUAAUAAUAAUCAUAGUACUAGUAGCAAUAGCAGUAGUCAAAAUCCAGCAUCCUAUUUGAAUCGAAUUCCGGCUUCAACGACAAUCACGCCAACACAAUAUUUGAACAGUAAUAGUAAUAAUAAUAAUAGUAAUAAUAGUAGUGGAAACAGCAAUUCAAAUAAUAAUAAUAAUAAUAAUAAUAGUAAGGAUCACUCGGUUCCUUCGUCUCUCUCAAUAUACCCGAAAAAUGCUCAAAACGGGAAUGCUCGAAGUAUAAUUCAAUCUAAUAUUUCGCCGGUAAUUGCAUCUCCAACUCGAGCUAGUCCGGCGGCUGGUUUUGCAAAGCAACCAUCCAUAUCUCCGGCAUCUCAAAUUCAAAAUCUUCCUGUUGUGCUACAACAACAAUUAAAUGAGUUAUUUUUGAAGCAAAACUUUAGUGAUCCUGAAGUACUUAAAGAGACUCUCAUGCAAUAUACGAAUUUGUAUUCAAAUAUGAAAACACAGCAACAAAACCCUAAUAUUGCUGGUAGUCAAUCCUCUCAUCUUGAUCAAGUCCAACAUCAAUUACAAAACCUUUCCUAUCCCCUACGAAAUAAGAGCGUAAUAACUACAUCACGUUCGAGUCCAUUGGAUGUAAUCGAUCUAUCUUCUAAUUCCCCUACUCCAAGGUCGAUGAGCGUAGCUGCACUUCAACUUCAGCAAGUUCAACAAGCUGCUGCCGCAUCAGCUGCAAAUAAGCGAGCACAUAAUGGAACAUAUAUGAAUGGAAAUUCUUCAUCUACACGAUCAAUGCAAUCGUCAGCGAGUAGUCGUCUACAGCAAAUGCAAAUGCAAAAUUCCCUUGCUGCUGGUAUGAAUGGAUAUGGAUCAUCACCAUACAAGAUUGAGAAAAGUUUCAUUGACAAUCAAAUGGUACAUUGCAUUAAUAUGAUACCAUAUUCACCAAAUAGUGACAUGAUUAUACCAUUGAGUGAGCUACGAGAUCAAUUCUAUCCAAGCGCAAAUUUGGAUAUUUGUAAACGUGUCAUGCAGGCAUUGGAUAUUAACUUAUAUAGCGGUACUAAGCCACAAUAUCAGGCAUAUACAGAGUUAGGUAAAACAAUAGCUGAUAAUGUACCAUUUGUUCGAGUAUGUGAUGUCAUAACAUAUUUACCACAGAUCAAUUAUAUGAUUCGAGGUCAAAUGGCAGAGGCUAAAAACGCAAGUAAGAGAGCUCGUAUCAGCUAG